AUGAUUGCUAAGAGCUUUGCCCUCGCCCUAUUCGCAGCCACGGCGGCUGCUGGACCUUGCAGACCUGGCCAAACAACGACUAGUGAUUCAAUCACUACUGAUUCUGCGAUUAUUUCUUCUUCCACUACUGAGGAAGCUUCUACUACUACCACAAGUGUUGUGGAACCUGCUGGUGAUGCAAUCAUCUUGCAGAUCAACACCAACACACGUCUGGUCAAGAGAGAUACAAUCUUUGUCGGAAACGAUAACCCCUCUGACUGCACUUAUGCUUCCGUCUUCCGUCUCGAUUUCGAUCAACUCCUUUAUAACGGCGUGCCUAUUUAUUUUGCUGGUAACGAGUACCAGGAGUUAGCUGCCGAUGGUCAACCUCCAGCUAAUGCAAUAACCACCACUUUUUCCGUCUCUGGAGGCAAGCUCGCAUGGGAGAACGAUGCUUUUGGUGUCGCAGGAUUUUGCUAUCUUGAGACUGAUGGAAAGAUCUACAUUACCUUUGGAUCAUCGCCUGAUGGCUGCGAGGUGGUGUCUUUGACAGCGUACAAAGAGACACAGUGUCAGAAUGGCCAGAUUGUUGGUACUGAGACUUCGACUAGCGAUAUAGUAGAGCCUGCUACGACUGUUGAAGCGACCGCAACUGCCGAUGUCUGCGUGGUAGGCAUCGGUGGUCCAAACGGUCAACCUCCCCGAGCAAGCCGUCUUGCCGACUGUUCCCGCUUGAACGUCAUCACAGUGAGCCCGCUCCCAGUGACAACCACGGUUAUUAAGCGCGAGCUCGCCGUCCGUAUCCCAACGGGUAAAUACACAGGCCAGCCAGUCAUUAACACUCUUAACCGCCGAGCGGAAGGAGAACCAACCGCCACUACAAUCCAACCGACCAGUACCCCUGCUUAUGCUACGUACUGUGAUUCCCCAGAGGCAUACUACGAGGCUUGUUCAGAGGCUGGCGUCACUGCUUUUACCACCACAAUCCCUACCCAGACCAGCACGACAGAAACAACAGUUACGGAUUGUCCUAUGCGAAAGAUGGCAAAGAGAGCUGGCCAGGCUGUGGGAUAUGAGUUUGAGGAUAACUGGGAGGCAUACAACAUGCCGGGAUACAAACUGUUUUAG